UGUCAUCCAGUCAUCAACCAUCUAAAGCCACGCAACCCUCGAAUGCAGGAGCAAUUCUUUUAUAUCUAUAUUGUCUUUUUCCUCUGGUAUACUGAUUUUUCUUCAUAUUCGUGCUUGAAAUGGGCGGCAAAGUCUUCACAGACCUUAGAGUUCCCCGCCUUCCCCAUGAGCUGUACCAUCACGUCCGUAUCCACUGCCAGAAGGCCCUAAGAGACUUCUAUGUGGAUGUACUCUCGCCUCCUGAAGCACCAGACAAGCCUGACCAUGGAGACAUUGACUUUCUCGUUGCAAGGCCUAUCCUCUCGCCAAUCGAGCCCGACGACGUGGCCUCAUCGUUCGGUGCAUUAAAGCACAAGCGAAUUCCUAACUCUAAGACGACGCACUAUGCAGUUCCCCUUCCGGGUCGUGAGCAUGAGUUUGCCCAGGUCGAUGUCCAUGUCUGCUCGGAAGGUCAUUUCCACUGGGAAGCCUUCUUGCACGCUUACGGGGACAUGAUGCAGAUCUUGGGUGUCUUGAACCGCCCCAUCGGUCUCACAGCCAACGAAAAAGGCCUACAUAUACGCGUCCGUGAGAUCGAAGCUAAGAAUCGAAAGAGAGCCAUGGUGUUCCUAACCUCAGACCCGCAUGUCGCAAUGCGUUUCCUGCGACUGGACGUGGACGCCUACGAGGCUGGUUUCCAAUCAAACGAACAGAUAUAUCGGUGGUGCUUUCAGGGCGAGCUGUAUUCUGAGCCCAUCAUGCUUGCGACGACUUCAAACGAUCGAAGCCGACUACGGAAACGUGACAUGUUCACAACAUGCCUUCAGGAUUGGCUACCUGCGCACAGGCAGGAGCUCUUUCCGCCCACACGCAGGAUAUGGACGCGCGACGAGGUGCGGGAUAAGGCUCUAGAGUGGUUCCCUGACGCGCAGCGCAAGUAUGAAGAGGCCAUGGGCCAUAACAUGCUAGAGGAAUGGCAACUUGGAGUUCUCGCUGAUAUGCGUGAAAAAUGCCUUGGCGAACUAGGCGAGAAGGCUGCUCGGGAAGUGAUCCGUGGAUCGAAAAGAUUUGUUGAUCGCGCUGACGGUGCAUGGAGAGUGAACGAAGCUGCACCCGAGGAGAACAUUGGGCUGGUUCCAGUCUGGAUGGACCAUUUGCAGACUGAAGAUGACAAGGCAAGGUUUCUAGAAUGGUUCAAGGAGAAUUGGCGGGAUGUUAAGGCUCUAGAGACGAAACGCGGGAAAGUAGCCAAGGAUCUGAGAGCCACUGCAAAAAGCGGCCGUGAAACAAUUCUACCAUGACGGGAGCUAUUCAAUUGCAGGUUUUGGGCUGGCCAAAACUGCACGUUUAUCCAACACUCGUCACGCAGAAUUUGAUACCGAAGGAAAUGGUGCAUGGCACGGCUUGUAGCCAGCCAACCAAUACCCCACAGGGUUCAUUCGAAUCCUCAACGUCGACAACGAGAGCAUAGCUUGAAGCUUUUACGUCCAUUGUGAUUAUGAACUGCC